CACAAACUGUUGUCUUGUUUCUUGAACAAUGAAAAAUAUAGUUUGAUAAAUUAAAAUUAAUCUAUUUGAAUCUAAAGUUCUAUUAUAUUUUUGUGAAAAAUGGCGAUGUUUCCAGGAACUGUCGCCUUUGAUGAGUAUGGUAGACCAUUUAUUAUUUUACGAGACCAAGAAAGACAAAAAAGAUUAACCGGUAUCGAUGCCCUGAAGUCACAUAUAUCGGCCGCGAGGCAAAUCGCUGGCAUUCUCAGAACCUCCCUGGGGCCCAGGGGUCUGGACAAGAUGAUGGUGUCAUCUGAUGGUGAUGUGACAGUCACCAAUGAUGGUGCCACCAUUCUCAAGUUGAUGGAUGUUGAUCACCAGAUUGGUAAACUGAUGGUGCAACUUGCUCAGAGCCAGGAUGAUGAGAUUGGUGAUGGUACCACUGGAGUUGUAGUUCUUGCAGGAGCUCUGUUGGAGCAAGCAUCAAAUCUCUUGGACAAGGGUAUCCAUCCAAUUCGUAUUGCGGAUGGUUUUGAAAUGGCUGCAGCUGCUGCGUUGGCCCACCUCGACAGUAUUAGUGAGGCAUUCCCAGUCAACAAGAAUACCAGGGAGCACCUCAUCAAAGUUGCCAUGACAACCUUGGGCAGUAAAGUUGUGGUCAAAUGCCACCGACUUAUGGCUGAGAUUGCUGUUGAUGCUGUCUUGUCGGUUGCUGAUCUCGAGAAGCGUGAUGUCAAUUUUGAGCUGAUUAAAGUAGAGGGCAAGGUCGGAGGCCGUAUGGAAGACUCCAUGCUGGUACGUGGUGUCGUCAUUGACAAGACCAUGAGCCACCCACAGAUGCCUAAAGUACUUAGGGAUGUUAAACUGGCUAUCCUCACAUGCCCGUUUGAACCCCCCAAGCCCAAGACCAAGCAUAAGCUCCAGGUUGGCUCCGUGGAGGAGUACCGUGAACUGAGGCAGUAUGAACAGGACAAGUUCUUGGACAUGGUCAGGAAAGUCAAGAGUGCCGGCGCUACUCUUGCGAUCUGUCAAUGGGGCUUCGACGACGAGGCGAAUCACUUGUUGCUGGCGGAACAGCUGCCCGCCGUGCGUUGGGUCGGUGGACCCGAGAUGGAACUGAUCGCUAUUGCCACCGGCGGUCGCAUCGUCCCGCGUUUCGAUGAGCUGACCCCCGAUAAAUUGGGAAGCUGUGGAUUAGUUCGUGAACUCACAUUCGGAACAUCCAAGGACGAGAUGUUGGUGAUCGAGGAGUGUUCCAACUCGCGCGCCGUGACGGUGCUGGUGCGGGGCGGCAACCGCAUGAUCGUCGACGAGGCCAAGCGCUCGGUGCACGACGCGCUCUGCAUCGUGCGCAGUCUCGUACAGGACUCCCGCGUGGUGUACGGUGGCGGCGCUGCGGAGAUUUCCUGUUCGCUGGCCGUAGCCAAGGCGGCCGAAAAACUGUCCUCUCUCGAGCAGUACUCCUUCAGAGGAUUCGCGGACGCUCUAGAAGCGAUCCCUUUGGCGUUGGCUGAGAACAGCGGUCUUUCCCCCAUCGACACACUGUCAGAGAUCAAGGCGAGGCAGGACGCCGAAAACAACUCGAACCUAGGCGUCGACUGCAUGUCCAACGACUCCAACGACAUGAAGGCAUUGAACGUCAUCGAAUCCCUACACUCCAAGAAGCAGCAGAUUGCACUGGCUACGCAGCUCGUCAAGAUGAUUCUCAAAAUAGACGACAUACGCUCGCCGGCCGACGGCAUGGAAUAAUACUAAUGUUAAGUAAGACUGCACUUCAGCCCCCUUAAACGAAAGUAUCUUUCGUUAAAAACGAUGACAAAAUUCGUUCUUCUUCUUUUAAAAAAGGCCGACUCGGUGAAUUGCCAAUGUCAGAGUGGCUUGAAAGACUUUGCUCUAAUGUAGUGAAGGUCUGGUGAAGUAACAAGUGUACGGUUACAAAACAAAAUUACAUAAUUACAGGAGUUGAUAGACCUAAAACAAACACAAACACAAAUGUUAGUAGAGACAUCACAAUCUAAUAUUGUUAUCACAAAUAUAUGUACACAAAAUUUCAAUAAAAGGGGUAUUUACAUAAGAUAAAACUGAUUUAAAAUUUAUAGGGCGAGGAAUGGAAUUGGGAAGACAGUCAUAUAAGGACGAUUGGUUUCUAGGGCAAGAAAAGAAGAUGUGAUCUAAGGUACCCUCAUCUAGACCACACUCACAGAGAGAAUGAUCCUUGACCCUAAUUUUAGCAAGGAACACUGGUGAGCAGCAAUGACCAAGUCUAACACGGCAGAUUGUCGAGCAUAUUGGUUUGCUACACUGUGAAACAAAAUUCGUUAUCGAAAUUUACAUAAGUCAUCGCUAAAUGACAUUUCGCUUUCGAAGACUAAUGUCAAAUCCCAUACAUUUUGAUAACGAAUUUCGUCAUCUUAUUUAACGAAAGGGACUUUGGCAACGGCCUCGGAUCAAUAUGUACUCAUCCAAGCAAUUAUUAUCUCAGUAAGCGAGUUAGCAUUUUGUGAAACUUGAUUCAGAAAGUGUUACUCGAGUUGCAUUAAUAGGAAGUGAUACAUUUUGAAAUCAUCUGAAGUACAGUGUAGGUUAGGACUGAGCUUAAUUGUUUACUAUAUUCUUAACAUUAUUUAAUAAUUUUAAUUAAAAACGCAUUUCAUAGUAUUUACUGAAAAACUACCUUUGUCACAAUAAUACAAUUACCAGUUGGUUCCAAUCGAAAACAUAAAAAAUACUGGGCUGUAAAGGAUUAAACUGAAUGUUUUGAUACUGAAAAAUACAAAUACCUAGUAGUAGUUAAAGUGAAAAGUAUGUAACAUACUUUUUCAAGAUUCAAAAUCUAAACCAAUGAAACUAUUCUUUUUACUAAUAAGUAUUGUUUAUUUGCAUUUUAAAUAUUCUAAGAGGUAUGGAGUUGGAGAACUUGUGAUGAAUGCCUUAUCGCGCUAAUAAAUUAAUGAGCUGAA